UGGCGCUCCGAGGGUUGAAGUUUCAGUCAGCUGUUUGCAGUCGGCGGGGACUCCACGCACAGCCUCGUCAUCGCCUCCCGGUCACGAGGAGUCACGAGUGACGCCACCACCACCACGAUCACUGCAGGGAAUGCAAAGUGCUGAACCGAUCGCCACGUCAUGUCAGAAUGCCUGUGACGAAAUGUCGUCACAUCUUCUUCCUCACUCUACUCACCUUCACUCUAACUACCGCUCUCCCUCCUAUCAUCAAAAUAGGAGCAAUCUUCACACAAGAAGAAAAAGACAGUAGUACCGAGCUCGCUUUCAAGUAUGCGGUCUACAGAAUCAACAGAGACAAAACCCUACUCCCUAAAACCACUCUUGUCUACGACAUACAGUACGUGCCAAAAGACGAUAGUUUCCAUGCAUCCAAGAAAGCUUGCCAACAAGUACAGGAUGGUGUGCAAGCAGUGUUCGGACCAAGUGACCCUCUUUUGGGAGCACACAUUCACUCAAUCUGCGAUGCGUUGGACAUUCCUCACCUAGAAUCGCGCCUAGAUCUUGACUCUGAAUAUAAAGAGUUCUCAAUCAAUCUCCAUCCUGCACAGACUUUACUCAACAAUGCAUUUUACGAUGUGAUCGACUUUUUGAACUGGACUAGGGUAGCAAUCAUAUAUGAAGAAGAUUACGGCCUUAUCAAGUUAAGAGAGCUUGUGAGAUCUCCUGGUCAAAGAGAAGUGGAAAUUCAUAUACGACAAGCUGAUCCUGACUCUUAUAGGAGUGUAUUAAAAGAAGUGAAGACCAAAGAGAUUCAUAAUCUGAUUGUUGACACUAGGCCUGAAAAUAUGCAUCACUUUCUCCGUGGGAUUUUACAGCUCCAAAUGAACGAUUACAAAUAUCAUUACCUCUUCACUAGUUUUGAUAUUGAGACAUUCGAUUUAGAAGACUUCAAGUAUAAUUUUGUAAAUAUGACAGCUUUUAGAAUGGUAGAUGCAGAAGAUGUGAAUGUUAGACAAGUUCUUGAAGAUAUGCAACGCUUUCAGCCGACAGGCCAUAGUCCUCUCAACAAGACUUCUGUGAUACAGGCUGGUCCUGCCCUGAUGUAUGACUCGGUUCUGGUGUUUGCUGUUGGUCUCCAAACCCUGGAGCAGAGCCACUCACUGGUCCCCGCCAACGUAUCAUGUGACGCCGAAAUGCCUUGGGAUGGUGGCUUGUCUCUCAUCAACUACAUCAAUUCUGUGGAGCUGAAGGGACUGAGUGGGCCAAUUGAGUUUAAGGAGGGCAGACGAAUCCAAUUCAAAUUGGACCUGCUGAAGUUAAAACAGCACUCACUGGUGAAAGUGGGUGAAUGGAGUCCAGCCACCGGAGUCAAUAUUUCCGAUAGAGCCGCUUUCUUCGAUUCUGGUUCGAUGAACGUCACUCUAGUUGUCAUCACUAUAUUGGAAAUACCGUACGUGAUGAUGAGAUAUGGGAAAAAUUACACCGGCAACUCAAGGUUCUACGGGUUUUGCGUAGACUUACUGGAGCGCGUCUCAAAAGAGGUUGGCUUCGACUACAUUCUGGAUUUGGUUCCCGACAAGAAGUACGGAGCACAGGACCCGGGCACUGGCGAAUGGAACGGCAUGGUUCUCCAGUUGAUGAAGCACGAAACGCCAUACGUGAUGAUAAAAGAGGAAGAGAACACAACAUCGCAGAAAUACGAGGGCUUCUGCAUUGAUCUGUUGAGGGAGAUAGCCAAUAUGGUGGGCUUCGAGUACCAGAUCCAAUUGGUACCUGAUGGAAAGUACGGCGUUUUCGACCAUGAGACUGGGGAGUGGAAUGGAAUAGUUAGGCAGCUUAUGGAUAAGAAAGCCGAUUUGGCAGUUGGAUCAAUGACAAUAAACUAUGCUAGAGAAAGCGUUAUAGACUUCACCAAACCGUUCAUGAAUUUAGGAAUCAGUAUUCUUUUCAAGGUACCAACAGACAAAGAAUCUCGUUUCUUCACAUUCCUGGAUCCUCUGGCGUUGGAGAUAUGGCUGCUAGCGUUCGUGGCAUUUGUGUCAGUGUGCCUUUGCCUGUACGCUAUAUCACGCUUCUCGCCCUACGAGUGGUACAACCCGAAACCUUGGAAGGGAAAGGAUGAUCCCAGGCUAAUGGUCAACACGUUUUCGCUCAGUAACAGUGUCUGGUUCAUCACUGGUACUUUACUGCGUCAGGGAGCUGGAUUAAACCCAAAGGCUACGUCGACCAGAAUAGUGGGAGGAAUUUGGUGGUUCUUUACGCUAAUCAUAAUCUCGUCGUACACAGCCAACCUGGCCGCCUUCCUCACAGUGGAGAGGAUGAUCACGCCCAUUGAGAAUGCAGAGGAUCUGGCGGGGCAGACUGACAUCUCCUACGGAACUCUCGAUAGUGGUUCUACCAUGACUUUUUUCAGGGACUCAAUGAUAGAAACUUAUAAAAAGAUGUGGCGGUUUAUGGAAAAUAAGAAGCCCUCUGUAUUUGUUCCAACUUAUGAGGAAGGUAUACGAAGAGUUCUUGAAGGGAAUUAUGCAUUUCUAAUGGAAUCCACCAUGCUUGACUACAUUGUUCAGAGAGAUUGCAAUCUCACACAGAUCGGAGGACUCUUGGAUUCGAAAGGCUAUGGCAUAGCAACACCAAUGGGAUCACCAUGGAGAGACAAGAUCUCAUUAGCAAUUCUAGAGCUACAGGAAAAAGGUGAAAUUCAAAUGCUUUAUGACAAAUGGUGGAAGAAUCCUGGAGACACAUGCACAAGGAAUGAAAAAGGAAAAGAGUCGAAAGCAAACGCACUUGGUGUUGAUAACAUCGGUGGUGUUUUUGUUGUUCUUCUAUGCGGUCUGGCAAUAGCAGUGAUUGUGGCUAUCUUCGAAUUCUGCUACAACUCAAAGAAAAUAACCAAGCUUGAGAGACGAGUAGCGUCGGCACCGCAUCAAAGCCUCUGUGCGGAAAUGUUGGAGGAGUUGUGCUUUGCAUUGCGGUGCCGCGGAUCGAGGCAGAGACCAGCACUCAAGAGACAAUGCUCAAAGUGCUUACCUGGCACAACUUACGUUCCUGCCACAUUCGAUCUUCCACCUCCUGUUAAUAAUGGAUUGAGAUCGCAGGAUGAAAAAUGUUUCAGAGAAGCAGCAUGGCAGUUUCCCUAGAAGUCCCUCCCGACUUGCACGGACAUACACCAUCUUGUGAUCUUGACCAUAGGCCUUGAACAGUUAUUCUAAAUAUUUUGUCAGUGUACUCGAACAAAAACAAUAUUUGAUAAGUCAGAACAAUAGAAUAUUCUUAUGAUAUGACUAUCUAAUGAGAAAUCUACUUGGAAUCAAAAUACAGG